AUGAAAGCGCAGGAGAAGGAUCAACCGGUAUUCGGGUACGACAACGCCAAGACGCUGCUGGCUCAAGGGCCUCUCGAGCUUCACGACCACGUCGCUACUCGCAUGACCAAGGGCUAUGGGGGCGUUCUACCGCAAAUGGAGGUGCGCUUCAAGAACGUAUCCAUCUCGGCCGACAUCGCUGUCAGCGACAAGAACGACGCCAAGACGGAGCUCCCAACACUCCCCAACGUGGUGGUCAAAGCUGUCCGAGGGCUGGUAGCCAAGAAGCACACAGUGCGGAAGCAGAUCCUCAAGAACGUGAGCGGCGUGUUCGAACCGGGCUCCAUGACGCUCGUGCUGGGUCAGCCUGGCUCGGGCAAGUCGUCGCUCAUGAAGCUACUGAGAGAAGUGACGUACAACGGAACGCCUGGCGCUGAGCUUCGCAAGGUCUUGCCGCAGCUCGUGUCGUGUGCGUCGCAGCGGGAUGGGCACUACCCGACGCUGACGGUGAAGGAGACGCUGGAGUUCGCGCACGCCUGCUGCGGUGGGGAUAUGACCAAGUUCUGGGAAGGAGGGCUGGUUCACGGCAACUCCUACGAGAAUAUAGAGGCGCUCAAGGUGGUGCGAGCCAUGUACCAUCACUACCCCGACCUGGUGGUCCAGCAGCUCGGUCUCGAGAACUGCCAGAACACCGUCGUCGGAGACGCGAUGCUGCGUGGCGUCUCAGGAGGCGAGCGGAAGCGCGUCACGACUGGCGAGAUGGAGUUCGGCAACGUGUACGUCAAGAUGAUGGACGAGAUCAGCACGGGCCUCGACAGUGCUGCGACGUUCGACAUCAUUUCGAUGCAGCGCAGCAUUGCCAAGAAGUUUCACAAGACAGUGGUCAUUUCACUGCUGCAGCCGUCCCCAGAGGUGUUUGCGCUCUUCGACAACGUCGUGAUGCUGAACGACGGUCAUAUCGUGUACAACGGGCCGCGUGAAGAGGCCCAGGGUUACUUUGAGAGCCUGGGGUUCCAGCGUCCUCCUCACCGCGACGUCGCUGACUUUCUCUUGGAUCUCGGCACCGACAAGCAGCUCCAGUACGAAGUCCAUGCAGACGGAAUUCCUCGCACCCCGAGAGAAUUCGCCGAUGUAUUCGAGGCCUCUUCGGCGUACACUCGGAUGCGGAGCCAUCUCGACGAAUCCGACGGUUUUCAGACGAGUACCGAUAUUCGUCAACCUGAAUUCUACCAGGGCUUUUGGUCCAGCACCGCGUCGCUCGUUAAGCGCCAGCUCAUUAUGAUGAAGCGGGAGCUAUCGAGCCUGAUUGGUCGGUUGGCGAUGAACACGGUCAUGGCGUUGCUGUACGGGUGCGUCUUCUUCCAAGUCGACCCGACUGACCCGCCCUUGGUGAUGGGGAUCAUCUUUGAAGUGGCGCUUUGCUUGUCCAUGGCUCUACUGGCUCAAGUUCCCAGCAUCUUUGCAGCUCGUGAGGUCUUCUACAAGCAGCGUCGUGGCAAUUUCUUCCGGACGGCGUCUUAUAUCCCCCCGAUCAUGGUGGAGACGAUGGUCUUCAGCGCCAUCGUCUACUGGAUGUGCGGCUUCGUGAGCUCGGUCUGGAGCUUCCUGCCCUUUGUGGCGAUCCUGUGCCUCAUCAACAUCUGGUCAUCCGCGUUCUUUUUCUUUCUGGCGUCCGCGUCGCCCAACGUUAACGUGGUGAACCCAAUCGCCGGCGUCGCAGUUGAACUCUUUAUCCUGUUCGCUGGCUUCACGAUCACGAAGGACCAAAUUCCGAGCUAUCUCGUGUGGUUAUACUGGAUUAAUCCAGUCAGCUGGAGCGUUCGUGCUCUCGCCGUCAACCAGUACACCGAGUCACGCUUCGAUACGUGUGUGUACGAAGGCGUCGACUACUGUGACCGAUAUGGCAUGAAGAUGGGGGAGUACGCGCUCAGCACCUACGAAGUUCCGUCCGAGAGGUACUGGUUGUGGUAUGGCAUGCUGUACACGGUCGUCUCGUACGUGUUCAUGUUUUGCUCGUUUAUUGCGUUGGAGUACCACCGCUACGAGAGCCCGGAGCACGUCGCGCUCGACAAUGAAGACACAGCUACUGAUGCCACCAACAAGAUGUACACUUCGAAGCAGGAUGGGUACGCUGUAGCAGAAACCCCACGCAACCUGCCUGUCGGAAUGGAUACUGCCGUCUCGGUGGCGCCUGACGAUGACAAGAAGUUUGUUCCAGUACCUGUCACGGUGGCUUUCAAAGACCUGUGGUAUACUGUCCCAGACCCGACUGACUCGAAGAAGUCGAUCGACCUGCUCAAGGGGAUCUCCGGGUAUGCGCUCCCGGGCACGAUCACGGCGCUCAUGGGCUCCUCGGGUGCUGGUAAGACAACGCUGAUGGACGUGAUUGCUGGACGCAAGACGGGAGGCAAAGUACAGGGACAGAUUCUGUUGAACGGCUACACCGCUACUGACUUGGCUAUCCGUCGCUCCACGGGCUACUGCGAGCAGAUGGAUGUCCACUCGCAGUCGUCUACGAUUCGUGAGGCGCUGACUUUCAGUGCGUUCCUACGCCAGGGUGCGGGCGUGCCCGGCAGCUACAAGUAUGAGUCGGUUGAGAACACGUUGGAGCUGCUGGACCUGACUCCGAUUGCCGACCAGAUCAUCCGCGGCAGUUCCGUGGAGCAGAUGAAGCGGUUGACCAUUGGCGUGGAGCUGGCAGCACAGCCGAGUGUUCUCUUCCUGGACGGACCCACGAGUGGAUUGGACGCUCGCUCGGCCAAGUUGAUCAUGGACGGCGUUCGCAAGGUGGCCAACACCGGCCGCACCAUCAUUUGUACGAUCCACCAGCCUUCGGCCGAGGUUUUCCAGGUAUUCGACAGUAUGCUUCUGCUCAAGCGUGGUGGGGAGACAGUGCUCGCUGGUGAGUUGGGCGAGAACGCGCAGAAGAUGAUCGACUACUUCGAGGCGAUCGACGGUGUGGAGAAGCUGAGGGAGAACUACAACCCAGCAUCGUGGAUGCUGGAUGUGAUCGGCGCUGGUGUCAUCUGCGCCGAGUUCGAAGUCUUACAGGAGAACCUGGAUGGCGAUGGUGUAUCACGACCGUCAGCGUCCAUUCCUGCCCUGGAGUACGCCGACAAACGUGCUGCGACGGAACUGACCCAGAUGAAGCUCCUGCUGCAGCGUUUCUGGAAAUUGUACUGGAGAACGGCGUCCUACAACUUGACUCGCUUCGGCGUUGCUCAGGUCAUGGGUCUGCUCACCGGUAUCACGUACAUGUCGACGAACUACGGCACCUACGCGGGCAUCAACUCCGGCAUGGGAAUUGUGUUCACCGUGAUGGCAUUUCUUGGAGUCACCUCGUUCAAUGCAGUACUGCUGGCCAUGGCUGUCUUUUACCCCAUCGUCGGCUUCACCGGUGCACAAGUUUUCUUCACGUUCUACCUCAUCCUGACGUUCUACACCCACUUCCAAGAGUACCUCGCUGAGUUGGUGGUCCUCGUAUCCCCCAACGCGGAGAUGGCCGAGAUUUUGGGCAUGGUGGUGAACCUCAUUACCUUCCUCUUCUCGGGGUUCAGUCCUCCGGCUGCUGCACUGCCUGUGGGCGUCAAGUGGAUUUACUACAUCAACCCGCUGACGUACACGCUUGCUGCACUCUCCGCGGUUGUGUUCGGAGACUGCCCUGCUGCUGGUGACAGCAGCGCUAUCGGGUGCAACCACGUGGCGAACGUGCCACCGUCGCUACCGGACGACAUCACCGUCAAGGCAUAUCUAGAGAUCAACUUUGGCAUGAAGCACAGCGAGAUUUGGAGGAAUUUCGGCAUCCUGGUGGCUUUCAUCGUCCUUGUUCGUAUUUUGACGGUUCUGGCCAUGCGCUUCCUGAAUUUCCAGAAGUAG